AUGUCUGACCCUGUUGUUCUGCGUAGCAUCAAGAAAUUGGGAGAGGAUAACUAUGCUUUUGACUUGGAUGGCAAAAGUAACAGCUUCAAGAAAUCAGAGAAUUUCUAUACAUAUGAAGAACCUUUCAUAGAGAAGAAAAGUGAAAAGUCAUCGGAAAAGAAAGAAAACAAUAUUCGUGUUGGCUUCUUUCAGCUGUUUCGAUUUUCUUCAUCUAUGGAAAUUUUAAUGAUGGCUGUUGGUAGUUUCUGUGCUAUUGUUCAUGGAGCAGCCCAGCCAGCUGUGUUGCUUGUGUUUGGUGCAAUGGCAGACACGUUUAUUGAAUAUGACAUUGAAAUGCAAGAGCUUAAAGACCCAGGCAAGAUAUGUGUAAAUAACACCGUAGUGUGGAUUAAUGGUACUAUUCAUCAGAAUGAAAAGAAUGCCACAAUAAGAUGUGGGCUGCUGGACAUUGAACAAGAAAUGACCAAGUUUGCAGCUUACUAUGGAGGAAUUGGUUGUGCUGUACUUUUGUUAGGAUACCUCCAAAUCUGCUUUUGGGUUAUGGCUGCAGCUCGUCAGAUACAGAAAAUCAGGAAAGCUUAUUUCAGGAAAGUAAUGCGAAUGGAUAUAGGCUGGUUUGACUGUACAUCUGUAGGAGAACUGAACACCCGAAUUUCUGAUGAUGUCAACAAAAUUAAUGAGUCUAUUGCUGACCAAGUAGCAAUCUUUAUCCAGCGCUUAACCACCUUUGUGUGUGGAUUCCUACUGGGUUUUGUCAGUGGCUGGAAAUUGACCUUAGUUAUCAUUGCAGUCAGCCCUCUGCUUGGGGUUGGAGCAGCUAUCUAUGGCUUGGCUGUGGCAAAACUAACAGGCCGAGAAUUAAAGGCUUAUGCAAAAGCUGGAGCUGUGGCUGAUGAAGUGCUCUCAUCCAUCAGAACAGUGGCUGCUUUUGGUGGGGAGAAGAAAGAAGUUGAAAGAUAUGAUAAGAACCUGGUGUUUGCUCAGUACUGGGGAAUUCGAAAAGGAAUAAUAAUGGGAUUAUUCACUGGUUACAUGUGGCUUAUAAUUUUCCUGUGUUAUGCAUUAGCCUUUUGGUAUGGGUCUAAACUUGUCCUUGAAGAAGAAGAGUAUUCACCUGGCACUCUUCUCCAGGUGUUCUUUGGUGUUUUAGUAGGAGCUUUAAAUCUUGGCCAGGCAUCUCCCUGUCUGGAAGCCUUUGCCACUGGCCGUGGAGCUGCAGCAAACAUUUUUGAGACAAUAGAUAAAAAACCCACCAUUGACUGCAUGUCAGAAGAUGGCUACAAGCUGGAUAAAGUACGAGGUGAAAUUGAAUUUCAUAAUGUAACAUUCCAUUAUCCCUCCAGACCAGACGUAAAGAUUUUGGAUAACCUUAAUAUGGUUAUUAAAGCAGGGGAGACUACAGCUUUUGUUGGAGCUAGUGGAGCUGGAAAAAGUACAACAAUACAGCUCAUCCAGCGCUUCUAUGACCCCACUGAUGGCAUGAUUACCCUGGAUGGCCAUGACAUUCGUUCCCUUAAUAUCCAGUGGCUACGCUCACAGAUUGGUAUUGUUGAACAAGAGCCAGUGCUGUUUGCCACCACGAUUGCAGAGAACAUUCGCUAUGGUCGGGAUGAGGCUACCAUGGAAGACAUAAUCAAAGCAGCCAAACAGGCCAAUGCUUACAAUUUCAUCAUGGACUUGCCGCAGCAAUUUGACACUCAUGUUGGAGAGGGUGGAAGCCAGAUGAGUGGAGGUCAAAAACAGAGGAUAGCUAUUGCUCGAGCUCUUGUGCGAAACCCAAAAAUCCUGCUACUGGAUAUGGCUACGUCAGCACUUGAUAAUGAAAGUGAAGCUAUUGUCCAAGAAGCACUUCAUAAGGCUCGCCUUGGCCGCACGGCAAUCUCGAUAGCUCACCGCCUGUCAGCCAUCAAAGCUGCUGAUGUCAUCGUUGGGUUUGAGCAUGGAAAGGCUGUGGAGAGAGGAACUCACGAGGAACUCUUGAAGAGGAAAGGGGUUUAUUUCAUGUUGGUGACCUUGCAAAGCAAAGGAGACACAGCAGUUAAUAAAGAAGAAACGGAAACAGAAAAUAACGUAGUUGAGCCAAAUCUUGAGAAAGUCCAGUCAUUCAGCAGAGGAAGCUAUCGGGCCAGUUUGCGAGCUUCACUUCGGCAGCGCUCCAGGUCUCAGCUCUCUAAUGUGGUACCUGACCCUCCAUUAUCCAUUGCAAGAGAUCACACAGAGUACAUGAAUCUUAUGCCUUCUUAUGAAGAAGAUGAUGAACAAGCAAAAAAGGAAUCUCUUGUUGUGGAAGAAGAUGUCAAACCUGUACCGUUUACCAGAAUUUUGAAAUACAAUGCCUCUGAAUGGCCAUACAUGGUGCUUGGAUCUCUGGCAGCAUCUGUGAAUGGAGCAGUCAGUCCACUCUAUGCUUUGCUAUUCAGUCAGAUUCUUGGGACCUUCUCCAUUCUUGAUGAAGAAGAACAAAGAAUCCAGAUCAAUGGUGUCUGCCUGCUCUUUGUCCUUAUUGGAAUUCUUUCAUUUUUCACGCAGUUUCUACAGGGAUACACCUUUGCCAAGUCCGGUGAGCUGCUCACAAGACGGUUAAGGAAAAUUGGUUUCCAGGCUAUGCUAGGGCAAGACAUUGGUUGGUUUGAUGACCGGAAGAACAGCCCUGGUGCUUUGACUACAAGACUUGCAACAGAUGCCUCACAGGUCCAAGGGGCAACUGGAUCGCAGAUAGGAAUGAUUGUCAAUUCCUUUACCAACAUUGGGGUGGCCAUGAUCAUUGCUUUCUACUUCAGCUGGAAACUGAGUUUAGUUAUCCUGUGUUUCCUGCCGUUUUUGGCCUUAUCUGGAGCUGUGCAGGCUAAAAUGUUGACAGGAUUUGCCUCUCAGGACAAGAAAGCGCUGGAAGCUACUGGACGGAUUGCCAGUGAAGCCCUCUCCAACAUCAGGACUGUAGCUGGCAUGGCAAAAGAGAAAAUGUUUAUCGACAAUUUUGAGAAGCACCUGGAUAUGCCCUAUAAAGCUGCAAUCAAAAAAGCACAUGUUUAUGGACUCUGCUUUGGCUUUGCCCAGAGCAUAGUGUUCAUUGCCAACGCUGUCUCUUACAGAUACGGAGGGUUUCUAGUUGAUGCUGAGGGACUCCACUACAGCUUUGUGUUCAGGGUGAUCUCUGCUAUUGUCACCAGUGGAACUGCUUUGGGAAGAGCUUCUUCCUAUACCCCAAACUAUGCCAAAGCCAAAACAUCUGCUGCACGCUUUUUUCAACUGGUCGAUCGGGUUCCUAAAAUCAGUGUUUACAGUGAAAAAGGGGAAAAAUGGGAUGAUUUCAAGGGGAGCAUUGAAUUUCUUAACUGUAAAUUCACAUACCCUUCUCGACCUGAUAUUCAGGUCCUGAAAGGACUCACUGUAACUGUUAAGCCUGGACAGACUUUGGCUUUUGUUGGAAGUAGUGGCUGUGGUAAGAGCACCAGUGUCCAGCUGCUGGAGCGUUUCUACGACCCUGAGAAAGGAAAUGUGUUAAUAGAUGGACACGACACUACGAAAAUAAACGUACAGUUUCUUAGAUCAAAAAUUGGCAUAGUGUCCCAGGAGCCUGUGCUAUUUGACUGCAGCAUUGCUGAUAAUAUUAAAUAUGGCAGUAACACCAAAGAGGCGACGAUGGAAAAAGUCAUAGAAGCAGCCCAGAAGGCUCAGCUGCACGAUUUUGUCAUGUCACUGCCUGAGAAAUAUGAAACUAAUGUUGGGGCUCAAGGAUCCCAGCUGUCUCGUGGGCAAAAACAACGCAUUGCUAUAGCGAGGGCCAUCAUAAGAGAUCCUAAAAUUUUAUUACUGGAUGAAGCUACAUCUGCCUUAGACACAGAAAGUGAAAAGACUGUGCAGGCAGCGCUGGAUAAGGCCAGAGAAGGGCGGACCUGCAUUGUCAUUGCCCACCGCUUGUCCACGAUCCAGAACGCCGACAUCAUCGCUGUGAUGUCGCAAGGACUCAUCAUUGAAAGGGGCACUCAUGAUGAACUGAUGGCCAUGGAAGGAGCUUAUUAUAAGCUUGUUACCACUGGAGCCCCAAUUAGCUGA